AACUAGAAAUCCUAAAUUAGCGAUUGGCAAGUGCAGUUGGAGGCUGCUUCAUCUUUAGAAGGAGUUCACAGUUGACAGUUGAAGAAGACAUGGAGGGAACAAGACACAACCAGCAUCACGUUGAUGAUGACGAUGGCGGCGAGGACCAGUGCCAGUGGCGUCUCUACGAAGCUUACAACGAGCUGCACGCACUCGCCCAGGACCUCCACACUCCCUUCGACGCCCCCGCCGUCCUCGUCGUCGGCCACCAGUCCGACGGCAAGAGCGCACUCGUCGAGGCCCUCAUGGGCUUCCAAUUCAACCAUGUCGGCGGCGGCACCAAGACCCGCCGCCCCAUCACCCUCCACAUGAAGUACGACCCCAAUUCCCAUUCCCCUUCCUGCUUUCUCGUCUCUGACUCCGACCCUUCUCUUUCUCACCACAAGUCCCUUCCCGAAAUUCAGGCUUAUAUUGAAGCUGAGAAUGAGAGGUUGGAGCGUGAUUCUUGCCAAUUCUCUGCUAAGGAGAUAAUAAUUAGAGUGGAGUACAAGUAUUGCCCCAACCUUACCAUCAUUGACACUCCUGGACUCAUUGCUCCUGCUCCUGGUCGAAAAAAUAGGGCAUUGCAGGCCCAUGCGCGUGCCGUCGAGUCUCUGGUGCGAGCCAAAAUGCAGCACAAGGAGUUUAUUAUAUUGUGCCUUGAAGAUUGUAGUGACUGGAGCAAUGCUACUACAAGGCGCGUUGUGAUGCAGAUUGAUCCUGAGCUGUCAAGGACUGUAAUUGUCUCAACUAAGCUAGAUACUAGGAUACCUCAAUUUGCCCGCCCAUCCGAUGUUGAAGUUUUCCUUUCACCACCUGCAUGUACCCUCGAUGGCUGCAUUCUGGGUGACUCUCCCUUCUUCACGUCUGUGCCUUCUGGAAGAGUUGGUUCUGGAAGUGAUUCUGUAUACAGGUCCAAUGAUGAAUUCAAACAGGCUGUAUGCUUUAGAGAGAUAGAGGAUGUUUCAUCUUUGGAGGAGAAAUUGGGAAGGUCAUUAUCAAAGCAAGAAAGAAAUAGGAUAGGUGUGAGCAAACUUAGGUUGUUUUUGGAAGAGAUGCUAAAACAGAGGUAUAUAAAUAAUGUUCCAAUGAUCAUUCCACUUCUUGAGAAGGAGUACCGAAGUGCAACAAGGAAAUUGAGCGAUAUAAAUCAAGAACUGAGCUCACUUGAUGAAGUAAAACUGAAGGAGAAAGGAAGAACUUUUAAUGAUCUAUUCUUGACCAAGUUGUCGUUGCUACUUAAAGGGACAGUAGUUGCACCUCCUGAUAAGUUUGGUAAAUUACAUAUGUUAGGUGAAACAUUACAAGAUGAGCGAACAAAUGGAGGUGCAUUUGUUGGUGCUGAUGGUGUUCAGAUCCCUCACAAGCUAAUACCUAAUGCUGGGAUGCGCCUUUAUGGCGGUGCACAAUAUCAUCGGGCAAUGGCUGAAUUUCGUUUUGUCGUUGGAGGAAUCAAGUGUCCCCCUAUUACUCGGGAGGAAAUAGUAAAUGCUUGUGGUGUUGAAGAUAUUCAUGAUGGAACAAACUACUCUAGGACUGCUUGUGUAAUUGCUGUUGCAAAGGCUCGUGACACAUUUGAACCAUUCCUUCAUCAGUUGGGUUCUAGAUUGUUGCACAUACUCAAGAGAUUGCUUCCAAUCUCUGUUUAUCUUCUUCAGAAAGAUGGUGAGUACCUGAGUGGCCAUGAGGUGUUCCUCAGGCGCGUUGCUUCCGCCUUCAACAACUUUGCAGAAUCUACUGAAAAGUCAUGCCAUGAAAAAUGUUUGGAGGACUUGGUAAGCACCACACGAUAUGUCUCAUGGUCUCUCCACAAUAAGAGUCGGGCUGGAUUACGUCAGUUCUUAGAUUCAUUUGGUGGAACAGAACAUUCCAAUGUUAAUAAUAAUCCUACAGCAACUACUUUGCCACAAACAAUUCCACAAGAGAAAGAAGACACAAGGCCACAACCAGAUGUAAAGCUCAGCCAUUUGGCCUCUGGCACUGAUUCAAGCACUUCUAUUCAGACAACAGAAACAAAGCUUGCUGACCUUCUGGAUAGCACACUUUGGAAUCGCAGGCUCGCUCCUUCAUCUGAAAGGAUUGUUUAUGGUUUGGUGCAACAAAUAUUUCAUGGCAUUAGAGAGUAUUUCUUGGUUUCCACAGAAUUAAAGUAUAACUGUUUCCUUUUGAUGCCCAUUGUGGAUAAGUUGCCUGCACUUCUUCGGGAAGACCUAGAGUCUGCUUUUGAGGAUGACCUGGAUAAUAUUUUUGACAUAACUAAUCUGCAGAACUCCUUGGGACAGCAGAAGAGAGAUAUGGAAAUUGAGCUGAAAAGGAUCAGGAGGCUCAAAGAGAAGUUCAGGAUGAUACACGAGCAGUUGAUUCUACAUCUAGCAAUCUGAGUAUGUGAUUAUGUCAAUCCAGUGCCGGAACUUUGGGAUAUCAUUUUAAAGUGAAAUGUGCAUGCGGUUGUAAGAUUUAUGAGGUUUGAGAUUUUUCAUUUCAUCCUAUUUAAUGCUUAUUUAGUGUUUGUUGUAGUCUAAGGAUGAACGGAUAUCAUUUUGAAAAAUCCUUUUCACUCCAGCUAAUUAAAUAAUUUUUCUUUAUGGCAUCUGUAAGCAAUUGGAUCUAUUCCUGUGCAGAGGAUUAUAACACACUGCGAAUUUUUUC